AUGCUAAGAUACCCGCAACCUUUGGGAUGUAUGCAUGGUGGAGAGGGGCUGAGUGAUAUGAGAUCACUUCUUUUAAGGGAAACUGUCAUUAAUGAGUCAAGAAACUGCUCAUUUAUGAUAAUUAGCACCAUGGAGCCUCAGGUGUCGAAUGGCCCUACAUCCAAUACAACCAAUGGACCCUCCAGCAACAGUAGAAACUGCCCUUCCCCCAUGCAGACAGGGGCUGCCACAGACGACAGCAAAACCAACCUCAUAGUCAACUAUUUACCCCAGAAUAUGACACAGGAGGAGUUCAGGAGUCUGUUUGGGAGCAUUGGUGAAAUCGAAUCUUGCAAACUCGUGAGAGACAAAAUUACAGGGCAGAGUUUAGGGUAUGGAUUUGUUAACUAUAUUGAUCCAAAGGAUGCAGAGAAAGCCAUUAACACUUUAAAUGGACUCAGACUCCAGACCAAAACCAUAAAGGUGUCGUAUGCCCGUCCAAGUUCAGCAUCAAUCCGAGAUGCUAACUUGUAUGUCAGCGGCCUUCCAAAAACAAUGACCCAGAAAGAACUAGAACAGCUAUUUUCACAAUACGGGCGCAUUAUCACCUCACGUAUUCUGGUUGAUCAAGUCACAGGAGUUUCUCGGGGUGUGGGAUUUAUCCGUUUUGAUAAGAGAAUAGAGGCAGAAGAAGCCAUAAAGGGACUAAAUGGCCAGAAACCUAGUGGUGCUACAGAACCAAUUACUGUGAAGUUUGCCAAUAACCCCAGCCAGAAAACAAGCCAGGCCCUCCUUUCACAGCUGUACCAGUCUCCCAACAGACGCUAUCCUGGACCCCUUCACCACCAGGCUCAGAGAUUCAGGCUGGACAAUUUGCUUAAUAUGGCCUAUGGCGUAAAGAGGUUCUCCCCAAUCACAAUUGAUGGGAUGACGAGCCUGGUCGGAAUGAAUAUCCCUGGUCACACUGGGACUGGAUGGUGUAUCUUUGUCUACAACUUGUCUCCCGACUCAGAUGAAAGUGUGCUGUGGCAGCUCUUUGGUCCCUUCGGAGCAGUCAAUAACGUCAAGGUCAUCCGCGAUUUCAACACCAACAAGUGCAAGGGAUUUGGCUUUGUCACCAUGACCAACUACGACGAAGCUGCCAUGGCAAUUGCCAGCCUUAAUGGAUACCGUUUAGGAGACAGAGUAUUGCAAGUUUCCUUUAAAACCAAUAAAACCCACAAAUCCUGAAUUUCAUAUCCUUACUUACUAAAAUAUAUAUAUAAAUAUAUAUACGAACAAAAAAAAAAAAAACUCUUCAAGGCUUAUAUUCAACCAUGGACUUUAUAAGCCAGUGUUGCCUAAGUAUUAAAACAUUGGAUAUCCUGUGAUGAACAGGAAAGGAUUUUAUAAUGCUUAGAAAAAAAACCUUUGAUGCAUUGAAUGUUCUUUCAUAGCUGUCGUUGUUGAAUAUACUAUACAUAGAUAACAAUGUGCAGGGAUUUUUACCCGGCCAGCUAGUUUUACCACCUUCCUUGAAGGUGGGUCUUUUUAAGAUGACCAUUCACUCAUUUAAAAAAAUAAA